AUGUUUCUCUCGGUUCCUUGCCUUCGAGCUUCCGCCUACCAAGUGUAUGCCAUAUUGUCUUGGAACAACGUUGAUGAUUUUCCUUUGACAUCUUACAGCAACAUUCAUAACUUAGAAGAAUCGGUGCCCUAUAAUAUAUUUCACCAAGGAGGUAAGCUUCAGUUGAGUUGGUCGAAACCAAAUUGCAGCCUCUGUGAAGCUGAAGGCAAGAUUUGUAGAUUGAAGAAUGAUACCACAGAAUAUGAAACUGAAUGUGUUGCCAAAUCCAAGACACUCAAAGGUCAUGCAUUUAAGAAACAAUUGUGGGCAGGUGAUGUUGUCUUUUGUUUUUGGGGGUGA